AUGUCGAACAAGUCGGAGCUGCUCGUGACCGUUGUCUUUGGCAAGCAGUCGACCACUCUUGCUGUCUGUACGCAAGACAUACAGGCUCUAGACAAACUAAAGAUACAAAUUGCUGAAAAAUUCCACCUGGAUCCAAAAUUUCAGCGUUUAGUGGUUCGAGGACGUGACGUCAAAAUGUCGACAGUCCUUACGAACGGCUGCAAGCUGCUUGUGCUGCGUAAUUCAUCCUUUUACGAGAAAUCUGCAGCUCCUAGCGCAGUAAAAACCUCUAAAUCCUCGAGUUCAAUUCUGGCACCGCCAGUUGCAGGAAAUUCUGCUUCAAAAACGGUAUCUAAGGCCCCAGAAAUCGACGUGAACGAGCUGGAAGAUGACGUUUUGUUGGUGCAGGUUUUUAGAGGAAAAAGUCGCUACGAUGUGAUAUUUCCGCGCUCCAAGCAAAUUCUAGACGUCAAAAAGAAGGUGAGUGCAGUGCUGGGACUGACUUCGCCUCAAGCGUUAAAGCUGGUAAUCAAGGGGAAGACUCCAGCACACGACGUAGUGCUGGAGACGUUGGCAGGGAAGAAGAAGAUCAUCAAGUCGAUGGCGUUGCUACAACCUCAGCAGCAUGCGAUUCAGGAGAAGGAGGAGGAGCUGAUAGAGCUGCUAAAUGAACUGGCUGGGGCUCAGGUAGCUUCACAGCGAGUACAGAGGCAGAUGGCGCGCAACUUUACGUCAAGAGACGAGAGUUUGUUCGAGUUGUCAAAAGUGCUAGACGAUGGUCAACGAAUCAUCGAAAAUCUGGAGCUGGUGAAGCAGCACUUAGCUGGAUCAAAGACGGCAGGACCUCGGACAGGUGAACAGACCCUUGCGGCUAUAAUGCAAGCGAUCGAAGAAGCCAACAAGCUGGCUGAAACAGCUCAAGGGCUGCUGGAACGCCAUUCGGCGGUGUAA